AAUUUAAAAUUCAAUCAAAUAAAACCUCAUAAAAAAAAUCACAAUCACAAAAAAAGUAAAAAAUAAAACAAGCUCGAUCCAAAAUAUAAUAAAAAAUUACAUAAAAUGAAAUAAGAUAAUAAAUCCUCGUUAAUGAAUUCUCUAACAACGGUAACUCAUCUAUGUGCCACUGAAUUAACAUUCCUUUAAUUGAUGAAAAUCAACGGUCCCAAUAAAUAGAUUAACGCAUAUCAAAAAUAAAUAAAUAAAUAAAUAGCCGACUACUAAAAGUGAAACUAGCAAGUGGAAAUAGCAAAAUUUUGUCUGCUACAAUACAAAAUAAAAUAUAACCGUAUCAUUUUAGCGCCAAAUAUGCCAACAGACAGCAUUGAAAAGAAAAAAAACACUGCGCGCGUAAAUUAAUGAAACGACAAAGAAAACGGACCCACCUUUCUUUCUUUGCAAUAUUUAAUUAAUCAAUCAAUCAAUCAUUUAUCAUUUCUCUCUCUUCUUUUUCUUUUUCUCUUUUUGUUUCUUUAAAGCCUCCGUUUCUUUUCUUUUAAUUAUUCUGUGUGAAUUUAUGAUUAAUGAUUAUGAUUUUCAAGAACGAAAGCAGAAAGAAAACCCAAAUCUUGUUUUUAUGUUACAGAUAAUAUUUCUUUUUUAUUUUGCGUGUAAUGGAUUUGCUUAAAUUGAAGUGAUUUUGACCUUUGCUAUAUUUAUUACCUGUUGACUAUUACAUUUUUUAUUUUUCAAUGUCGGCUCGUCUCUUUCUUUUUCUUGAUUUAUUAUCAAGAUUUAUUUGAGAGUGACUAUGUUAAAUUUAAGAUUUAAGAUUGUUUCUUUUACUUAUCAAUAGGCCUUUACUAAAAGACAAGAAAACGAAGCGAUUUUGAUUCCAAUUCUUGGGAUCUGCUAAUGGGUUUUCACUUGUUGAAGAGUGGAUAAAGAUUCUUCUUGGAAAAGGUUCAUCAUUGUGUUCUCUUGGGAGUGUCUUCAUUUUUUGGACUAUUUGUUUAAAGUAACUGAAGAAAUGUUAACAAAACAGCCUGUGCCAAGUGUUUUAGCAAGAUUAAUGGGUCUGGAUGAGAUGCCACCCGAGCAGCCUGUUCAAAAGAAACCAAGAGUGCUUUCUGAGAAUUAUUUACGAAGAGUUGCUUCCAUUGGUGUCAGAGAUAAAUACCCAGAACGUUAUUCGUUUAGAUUGACUACUGAAGAGCAGGAUGAGUGUAAGAAUGGCUUGCAAGUAUUAGAAACUUUGUGGAGAAACAAGCGUCAUGUUUCAGGGCAUAAGAAACUCAAUGAGAUGAAUGACGUCUGCUUGCAGUCAGGGCAUGUUGCAGUGUUCAAGUCACCAUGUGCUUCUGACUGCAGGAACAUUAGCAUGUCCAGGAAAUUUAGGACCAAAAGUGAACAAGGAUAUGUUAACUCGUCAAUGAAUGUUCAGAAUGGUCAUGGGAUAUGUUCUUCUAGAGAAGUUAGCAUUGGUGAUAUAAAUAAUUUUUGCGGAUCAAAUUUAAAGUUGAGCAGCAGAUCUUGCAUAACAACCGGCAUUGUUGUUCUGAAAUCUAACCGGGGAAAGGCAGAUACUCCUGAAAGCUAUUUUUCUUUAUCUCCUCAAUCUCAUGAUACAUCUGAUUCAGGCAAUGGAAAGAAAAGUGAGUAUUUAACUUCUCACAGUUGGAAUAUGCACGUGGAAAUGAAAGAAAGAAAAAACAUUGCAAACGACAUUCGACCUGUUAGACGAAGAUCUAGAUUUUUGAGGGAAAGAAUAAAAGAUGUAGGGCAGGGUAUAACUUGCACGUCCCUUACAGAGCCAAGUUCUGAAAUUAGUUUUAGUAACUCUUUUGUAAAAGAACCCAGGUCAACCAUACCUUCUUCUCCUAUUUUAUCUGAUAGGAAAAGCCAAGUUUACUGUUCAGAUAAAUUAUAUGGGGCCAGGGAAGCCAAGAAGCAGAUCUCUGAAAGAUGGAAGACAACCAAAAGGUUUCAACAAGUUGAUGUGGCUAAAACUCUGGGUGAAAUUCUUUCGCUUCCUGACAAGUCUGGUAAGUAUAGUCCCAGUUGUCGAGGUGUUUCUGAGAUUGGAGAUGUGAACUUUGGUACUCAUUUAGACAUAAGCAGGUGGUUUGGUAAGAAGCAUGAGGACGUCAGAGACUUGCAGAGAUCCAGGUGCCUUCUUGCUUGCUUUAAUGCAGUUGGGAGCGCUAUUACCAGGACCAGUCAUGAACCUCUUGAAAAUGAUGGAUAUAUGGGAGGCCUCAAGUCUAUUAAUUUGCUACAGAACAAGCCAAGAGAGGAAGAACUUAACCAAAUAGAUAGUGCAGAAUAUAGAAGGACAGACUUCAGCAAUAGAAAUUCUCAAGUUAUUCCUUAUUUGGAGUCUGAAAAGAAUUUUCCAGUAGAAGAUAUAUAUGUGGUUCAAAAUGAACAGGAAAACAAUUUCAAGGAGAAGGAUUCAGGCCGUCAAAUCUCAGUAGUUUGCAGGUCUUCUGAACGAAACAAUCAGACUUUGCUGGAUACUUGGAUGAUGCAAGAGGGCCACAAGAAUGAAUUCAUGGAGGAGGAUUUUCCUGAACAGAUUCCAAUAGUUCCUGAAUCUUCAAUGAGAAGUUCUUUCCCUAUCAGUACAGAAGUUGAUGCAGCGAAUAAGGCAGUGAAGAUAUCCCCCUUUAUUUGCAAGGAGCAUGAGUUAGAAUCAAGAAACUCAAUCUUGUUAGCUGAAAAGGAACAUUCUUCUUAUAUCCAAGAUACUCCAGUUCAACAGGAAAUUUUCAAUGAAAUGUUUGAAGAAGAAUCCAUUUCUUCACAAUACUCUGGCACAGACCCAGAAUCGCUGAUGAGUGCAGAGGAGGCCUAUCAACCCAGUCCAAAUUCAGUACUGGAACCAAUAUACAUGAAAGAGAUUUCACCUGUCUCUAACUGUUUUGAGGGUGUGAAUACUUCCUUACAUGGUUUACAAAUGCAACUUGAACUUCUAAAGUCAGAGGGAUUAGAAUCAUACUCGGAAGCCUCCAGCAUGAUGGUCUCUAGUGACGAAGAUACUGUGGGAGGAUCUGUAAUCGACUACGAAGAAAAAGAAUACCUAAUGAGAUCAUUCGGAAUUGAAGAGAGCAGGGCUUUUUCCUAUCUGGUCGAUGUAUUGGCAGAGGCAGGUUUUCAUAAUGCAAGCUUGCAUGCCGACUUUGAUGUAUGGCACUCUCAAGAAUGUCCAAUCAGCUAUUCUGUUUUUGAGACCCUGGAGAAAAAGUAUGGCGAGCAGAUAUCAUGGAAGAGGUCAGAAAGGAAGCUUCUAUUCGAUCGCAUAAAUUCUGGGCUGGUUGAUAUCUUACAGCCAUCCAUGGGUGUGCUGACAUCAUCAAAACCUGUCGCAAGAAGGUUUAAUUUUAGUCUGGGGCACGAAAUGAUUGAGGAAGAACUGUGGAUGUUACUGGUUAACCAGGAGAAGGAGGUCAGCAAGGAAUCUGAAAAGUUCUUUGGGAAAGGCGAUGGAUGGUUGGAAUUGGAUGAAGAUAUUCAGGUUAUUGGUAGAGAAAUAGAGAAUUCUUUGAUUGAUGAGCUUGUAGCAGAGUUAGCAUGAAAAGUUUUUGAUAGAUGGUUUUGUCAUUUUUGGUAUAUUGUCAGAACUACAUGAAGUAGGGAAAUCUUUCUUUUUCUUUUGUUGUUGGAGGAAAAAAGAAAACAAGAAAAGAGUAUAGUUAGAAAGAUGGAUAGUAUAUGUAUCUUGUCAUAUCUGUUUUGGUCAUUAUUUUUUUUAGAACCACAAGAGAGAGACGAGUAUGUAUAGAAAAAGUUUUGAUAGGAUGAGGUCCGAAAUUGUCGAGUCGAUUUUAUGUAAUUUUUUUUUCCUGAAACAGGUUUGAGACAAUAUUCAUGUAUUGUUUGAAAAAUGUUGCAUUCUUCUUAUACGGUGAGCAAUAAAAGUUGAUUUUUGCA